CCCGGACACAACGCGGCUUGCGGUGCAUCGUAGGUCACAUGACUUGGACGCUACAUUUGACGGAACAUGUUCGCAGCUGCGACCCAACUUGUCGUCCUUCUGGUGGUCUUGUCCUCUUGCCGGGGGCGACGGGAUGACUUUAUCGAUGAGGGGAUCGAGGAAAUCGCCCUGCAGAGCUCUAAGUUUGGCUCCUUGUGGCCGCUGCCGCAGAAUGUGCAAAUCUCAGCAGUAUCUUUCAAGUUGGCCAGGGACACUUUCCAAAUAUUUGAUGCCAAACUGUCGACCGCGGGGCCGAGCUGUAGCCUCCUUCAGAAUGCCUACAGGAGGUAUUAUGAGUACUUCUUUGGCGGCGUUAAAAAGACAUGGCCACUUAAAGACGAGUGGACUGACUCUGCUGGGCUGAUGGGGCUGCAGGUGUUGAUCACCGACCCGGAGCCAGGAUGUGAGCAAUACCCCAGUGUGACAGCAGACGAGUCCUAUCAACUGUUUGUGGAUCAACCAUUUGCUGUCCUUAAGGCGCCCAAAGUUUGGGGAGCCCUUCAUGGCCUGGAAACGUUUAGCCAGUUGGUGUACGAAGAUGAAUUUGGUGCAAAAAAUGUCAAUUUAACAUCCAUCAGUGACUUCCCCAGGUUUGCGCAUCGAGGCAUCUUGCUGGACACCUCUCGACACUUCCUGCCCGUCAAAGUCAUUUUGGCCAACCUGGAAACCAUGGCAAUGAACAAGUUUAAUGUCUUUCACUGGCACAUCGUCGACGAUCCAUCCUUCCCGUACCUGAGCCGAAAAUUCCCGCAGCUCAGCCAGAAGGGAGCGUAUCACCCGUACACUCAUGUGUACACUCCGGCCGACGUGAAGAUGAUUAUCGAGUUUGCUCGCCUCCGAGGCAUCCGGGUCAUUCCAGAGUUUGACACGCCAGGUCACACGCAGUCUUGGGGAAAAGGACAGUCAGACCUGCUGACGCCCUGCUUCGCCGGAUCCAAACCGUCGGGCAGCUUUGGCCCGGUCAACCCCAUCCUCAACACCACGUACGACUUCAUGAGCCAGCUCUUCCAGGAGAUCAGCAUCGUCUUCCCUGAUGCCUACGUUCACCUGGGAGGCGACGAGGUGGACUUCACCUGCUGGAAGUCCAACCCUGACAUCCAGAGGUUCAUGGAGCAGCAAGGUUUCGGACAAGACUACGGGAAGCUGGAAUCCUUUUAUAUUCAAAGACUUUUGGACAUCGUGGCCUCCACCAAAAAGGGCUACAUGAUCUGGCAGGAGGUCUUCGACAAUGGCGUUAAGCUGAAAGCAGACACACUCAUCCACGUGUGGAAAGGGACCCAGCAGCAAUACCAGAAUGAGAUGGCAAAAGUCACGUCGUCGGGGUACCAGACCCUGCUCUCCACCCCCUGGUACCUGAACCGUAUCGCCUACGGCCAGGACUGGCAGGGCCAUUACAAGGCCGAUCCCCAGGACUUCCAGGGAACUGAUGAACAGAAGAAGCUUGUGAUUGGUGGAGAAGCCUGCUUGUGGGGGGAGUACGUGGACGCCACCAACCUCACACCCAGACUCUGGCCCCGUGCCAGCGCUGUGGCCGAGCGUCUGUGGAGCGCCAAGACCGUGACAGACAUCAGCGACGCCUACAACAGACUGUCAGUGCAUCGCUGUCGCAUGGUCGAGCGCGGCAUCCCCGCUGAGCCGCUGUUCUCCAGCUACUGCCCUUACGAGUACAAGGGAAUCUGAAGACAGGCAGCAGGAAGAGGGAAAUACUGGAAAAUGAAGAAAUCAAAUGUGAAGCUUUAUCACGAUACUCCAAAUGCUCUGAUCAAUGCACUCUUUUGUAAUGUUUGUAAAACUGAUUGUGAAUACAAAAGCUGACAUGUCACAUGGUCACGU